CUAGUGCGUACUGGAGCUUAUACCCUGUUAUAAACGAAUGAUUUAAUAUUGUACUUCUAUUGUGGUCUAUAAUAAGCAUAAAUGGGAAAAUCUCGUCUGCAUUAAAACAAGAUAUUAAAGGUAGAAAAUUAAUGUUGCUUUGAAAAAAAGAAAAGUGACUUCCUUAAACUGCUCGCAACUCCCCCAAUCCGCCCAAACAAAAAUGGGACGAAAAAAGAUACAAAUUUCACGGAUAACCGAUGAAAGAAAUCGUCAGGUUACAUUUACUAAAAGAAAGUUUGGACUGAUGAAAAAAGCUUAUGAGUUAAGUGUACUAUGCGACUGCGAAAUCGCACUAAUCAUCUUCAACAGUACCAACAAAUUGUUUCAGUAUGCUUCCACUGACAUGGAUAAAGUUCUUCUGAAAUACACAGAAUAUAAUGAACCACAUGAGAGUAGGACUAAUAGUGAUAUUGUGGAGGCUUUGAGUAAGAAAGAACACAAAAGUUCUUCAAAUGGCUGUGAUUCCCCUGAACCGGAAGAAUAUGCUCUAACUCCAAGGACUGAGUCUAAGUUUAAUAAGAUUAAUGAAGAAUUUGAAAUGAUGAUGCAAAGAAAUGUUCAACUUAAUGGAAACAGAGGUCAAGGAUCCUUAAGUCAAACCCUUGGUCCAAUGUCAGUAACAUUAAAUAGCAGUUAUCCCAGUGCUGAAAGUCUAAUGGGAUCAUCUCAAAUUCCUCCACAUAGUAACAUUAGUCCCAGGCCUGGAUCUUCUGGUCUUCUUGAUAUUAAUGGUGUGACAGGCAAUGGCUAUCAUCGAUCAAUAUCACCCUCUAUGCCAGGAAACAGUUCACCAAUAAUGAUGAAUAAAGUGAAUAAACAACAUUCACCAACAGGAAAUCGGUCAUCUAAUCUUCGGGUUGUUAUACCAAAUUCUCAUGCAAAUUCAUCGAUGCAAAAUGUGAGGUCAGUCUCUAAUUCUAUUGGAAAUCAAGUGGGAAAUGUUAAUUCUAGUUCUAUACCUAGUAUGGCUUAUCCGUCCAAUCUUUCAUCAUCUUUUCCUCAAAAUGACUUUCAGCUUGGUUCAGAUUUGGGUUUAUCAGGGUUCAAUUCUCCCAGUUUAUUGCAAAACUGGUCUCAAGGACCAUUGUCCAAUGUUCAAGGACUCACCCAUUCAAGUCCAAGCUCUACCAUCAGUAGUUUACCUCAUCUCUCUGUUAGUAGUGCAACUCCACCUCCAUCAUCAUCUCCCUUACCAAUCAAAAUAAAAAGUGAACCAAUUUCUCCACCACGUGAUAAUUCUCUUAAUCUUCAUCGACCUUCUUCUGAUCAAGGUCAUUUAUCUCCUGGUCAUUCACUUGCCCCAUCUACAUCCUCCUCUCCAGACCCAAACAUGGACUAUGAUCCUCAUAUCAGCAAAAGGCCACGUCUUACUGCAGAUGGCUGGGCCACGUAGUAAAAUGUAUUCUUUGUGAAAUAGUAUUCACAGAAUUUUUAUGGUGAUUUACUGAAGGCAUUAAUGCCCAAAUGUGGGUGUCAUCAUUUUUUACUGUUAUUGCAUUAAUACCUGAACUCCCACUGGUGCAUUUAAAUAAAUUUUUAAGAGAUUAGGAUAAAAAUCUCAUUAUAUUCACUGAAGAAAGACACAGUGAAUGAAAGAUUGUGACUUUGUUAUAAAAUAUUUACAAGUGCACACAUUUUCAUUGCAUUCUGGUACUGUUGUGGACAAACUCUAAGAACUAAAAGAAUUUGAUCAUAUUUGUGUUGGACAAGCAGUUCCUUUAUUCUUCAUUAAUUAAAGUUUUGAAGAAAUGGACACUAUUGACUGUCUGCCCAACUUUGUAAUUCUUAUAUUAUAAAUGUAAAAUUCAUUGUUUAUUAUUUCAUAGUGAUAUUGCCAUCAACAUAGAGUAAUUUUUAUAUCAUUAUUCAACUGUGUGAAGUGAUCUUAAAGUUUGUUGUUGGCAACCAAAUCUUUUUUAUACUAUUAGUUUGCACAAACUGAUAAUUGUUUUGUUAGACAAAAGAUAUUAGGAGAAAUCUAUUUUCUGUAGCAACAUUCCUUGUAGUUGCCCCAGAUUGGAAGUGUGUAAAGAAAUAACUUAAUCAGGGGAAGUACUCAAAAAACAGUUUCAUGUGCAUAAAUUUGUAUCGAUUACUUCUGUUAAUUAGUACUUAAAACAUUUUAUUAUAAUGUUGUAGUUUCAACUCUGAUAUAGUUUUCUCAUAGUAAAACACAUUUAACAAUGUUAAAAACUCUCAAUAUUUUUUAAAACAAAAUUUUUUUUAUUUAAUUAAAAGUUUUAUAAGCUGAUGUGCUGUUUGACUGUAUAGUAUGUUCCAUUAGGAUAUUUGUCACAUAGCAUGCUUCUUGUCAGAUGUCUUGUAAAAACAGAACAUAUUGUAUCUUCCAUAUGUGGGUUGUUGCUUAAUAUGUGGUUCAUAGAUAAAUUAUGUAUCUGAUUUAACCUAAGCAAAGAGUUGAAGCUAUUAUUUAAUUUGUACAUUAAAGAGAUUUGUAUAAUUAAGUGUUGUUUUUGUGUAACCACUUCUAGUAGUUAAUGAAUCUGACUUUUAUUGAUUGCUUUUAUUUUCUUGAUAAUUUUAUUAAACCAAAAUCUAGUUCAUUUAAAUUUAGAAAAUAGAAAUCUUAAGGCAUUUAUUAAAAAAGUGGCUUUAGUGAGAGUUAUAGAUCAGUUUAUAUAGAACGUAUAGUUUUAUUAUGCAUUGCAUAUGCAAAUUCAGAUCUGAAGACGGUCCAAGUUUUUUGCUAUAGAUUUGACAAUCAUGAAUGUUUGCUGCUGUGUCUGAAAUUGCCUUCUUUGCCUAUCACUGAAUUUUCAGUGUUUAAGUAUUAAAACACUAAAACUUUCAUACAUGUGAGAAAAGUCUGAUCAGUGCCUAAGUUUUUGCACAAAUAGUUAACACAUAAAAUUUUAUUUAAGAUGAUUUGUAAUUGACAUUUACGAAUAUAGUCUUUGAUAGGUGGCUGCCUUUCUUUACAUUAGAACAAAUUAUAUGUACUUCCCCCAAAAAGUAGUCUAAAUAUAAAAAUACCUAUUUGUUUUUACCAAAUUUUUUUUCUAUUACCAAAUCCACUGAAGCUUUAAAAAAGAACUGUGCAUUGACUUCCGAUUCAAAAAAAAAAAAA